AUGCCCAAAGUACUUCUCACAGGUGGCUCAGGCUUCAUUGCCGCCCACGUCCUCGAGCUCCUCCUCAAGAGAGGCCACGAAGUCGUAACGACGGUACGAUCCGAAGACAAGGCCUCCAAGAUCCGUGAUGCGCACCCCAAUGCCAAGCUCACCGUCGUCAUCGUGCCCGACAUUGCGCAACCGGGCGCUUUCGACGAAGUGAUGCAGACACCGGGUCUGGAGUACGUCCAACACACAGCCUCUCCUUUCCACUUCAAAUGGAGCGACGCCAAAACAGAACUCCUCGACCCGGCCAUCAAGGGCACCACAUCCGUCCUCGAGGCCGUCAAGAAGUUCGCGCCGGGCGUCAAGCGCGUUGUCAUCACCUCGUCCUUCGCCGCCAUCCUCUCGCAGUCCGGGCUCGAGGACAAGACGACUGUGUUCAGCGAGGCCGAUUGGAACCCGAGCACGUAUGAGGACGGGCUCAACGGGCCCAAGCCGACCGCCUACCGCGUGUCGAAGAAGUACGCCGAGAAGGCUGGCUGGGACUUUGUCGCCAACGAGAAGCCGAACUUCGACCUGGCCACCAUCUGCCCGCCCAUGGUCUUCGGCCCCGUCGUGCACCACCUCAACUCGCUCGCCGCCAUCAACACGAGCAACGAGCGUUUCGUGCAGCUCAUCCGCGGCGAGUGGAAGAAGGAGAUACCGCCCACGGGCGUGUUCCUCUGGGUCGACGUGCGCGAUGUCGCGCUCGCCCACGUCAACGCCAUGGAGAAGCCCGAGGCCGGCGGCAAGCGCUUCCUGACCACGGCGGGCCACUUCUCCAACCGCGACCUCGUGACCGCCGUCCGCAAGGGCCUGCCGGACCUGGCCGACAAGCUGCCCGACGAAAGCGUCAAAGGUGGCGAACUGCCUGAGGGCGUUUACGGGUAUGAUAACUUGCGGGCGACCAAGGUGCUAGGCAUCGACUGGACCCCCAUCGAGAAGAGCGCGGUGGACACGGUUAAGAGCCUGCAGGAGGUUGGUGCUUGA